GCGAUUUUGUUGGAGAGGGAGAGAGAGAGUGGAGUAAGAGCGAGAGCGAGAGCGAGAGAAGAAGAAGCAGCAGAAGAUGACGAAUUCUGUGGUGAGAGCGAGGCACGACGUGUUCGUGUAUGGCAGCCUCUUAGCCGAUGAGGUUGUUCGUGUCCUCUUGAAUCGCGUCCCUUCUUCAACCCCUGCCACUCUCCAUGGCUAUCACAGGUUUAAAAUCAUAGGUCGCGUUUAUCCCGCUAUUCUCCCUGUGGAGAAUAAGAAAGUUACUGGCAGGGUCCUUCAUGAGAUCACAGGAGUGGAGUUGGAUAUCUUAGACGAAUUCGAGGAUGUUGAAUAUAAUAGAAGUGAUGCUGAGGUUGUAUUGAUGGACACUUCUGAGAAGUUACAAGUUCACACUUAUGUUUGGAGUGACCGAAACGAUCCAAAUUUAUAUGGAGAGUGGGAUUUUGAGGAAUGGAAACAAGUUCACAUGAAUGAUUUUGUCAAGAUGACCGAUGCUUUCAUGCGUGAAUCAGAGCAAGAAUCAGAGUUGCAAGAAUCAAAGACAAGAGUUCAAACCUAUGAAUCUUUCUAUAAGCAAGAAAAUGAUAAGCAAUCCUCAUGAUUUGUUAUUCACAGUUUCUAAAAAUAUAUGUGCUGUGUGUUUCAUGGUUCAUAUAAGAAUAAGACCCGUCACUGCUAAGUGCUAACAAUCACUAGUUACUCUUGGAAUCAUUCAUUUGAUGAUUUAUGGUAUCUCAGUUCCAUCACAAUAACAAGGUUUUAGUAAUAUGUUUAGAGUUUAGUUAUCAUGCAGUUAGGCAAUUUUUUUUCACGGUCUCAUUUAAUUAAAUACUUGUAUUUGUAAAACUUUUACGAUACUACCCGGUAGAAAGUCAUGCCUAUACAUAUAAGUAGAAAAUACUGCUAUAUCUUGGAAGUAGAAAAUACUAUUAUAUAAGUAGAAAACAAAUGUCACAAUUAUCUUAGCCUAAUCCUGAUAUCAUAAAGUAGAGAACAUGUUUUACUGUAAACCAACAAUAUUGUAUGAACAUACCAUCUGGAUAUAAAUUUAGUGGACAUACCACCAGUCCACCUGGAUAUACAUUUCGGGAAUCGGCCUCUUUCUCAAAUACAUCAA